UCCUUCCACCCUGCUCUCCACUCAUCUCUGCGUGCUCUCCUCUCAGUGAGGGAGGGAAGCUAUCCGCAGUAAGCAGCAGCAUGCCCGGCUACUGAGAGACUGCUCCCCGUCAUCUCAGCCUGUGUGCCCGGCUUGCAUGGCUCCCGAUCGGCCGGCAGGACAAUAGUCAGCCCGCCUGCCCGCUGCAGCAGCAACAGCAGCAGCAGCUUCUCCUCCUCCAGCCCGGGAGCUUUGUGAGUGUUCCUGCCCGGGAUCCCUGCAGCACUGUCCGCGGGUCCAGAUGGCUGGACACGAGUGGGAGGACUGGUUCGAGCGGGAGGAAUUUAUCGGACAAAUCAGUGACAUCCGAGUGCAGAACUUGCAAGUUGAGAGAGAGGUGGUUCAGAAGAGGACCUUCACACGAUGGAUGAACCUACAUUUAGAAAAGUGUGACCCACCCAUCGAGGUCCACGACCUUUUCCGGGACAUCCAGGAUGGACGCAUCCUCAUGGCCCUGCUGGAGGAGCUCUCUGGAUGCAAGCUGCUUCAUGGCUUCAAGAAGUCCUCCCAUCGUAUUUUCAGACUCAACAACAUCGCCAAGGUCUUGUCUUUCCUUGAGGAGAGAAACGUAAAGCUGGUCAGUAUAGAUGCUGUUGAUGUUGCUGAUGGAAACUCCUCCAUCAUCCUGGGACUCAUCUGGAACAUCAUCCUCUUCUUCCAGAUUAAGGAGCUGACUGGAAACAUCAGGAGCCAGUUUCCCUCCUCCUCCAGCCUGUCAUCCAUUCCCACCAGCUCCGACUCUGACACGUCCAACAGCAGCACGCCGUCAAACGAGAGACAGUCAGCGUCAGCGGCCAUGCGAGAACACAGCAGGGCCAUCAAGAAGCUGCUGCAGUGGGUGCAGAAGCGAACACGCAAGUACAGUGUGGCAGUGAAGGACUUUGGGAAGAGUUGGACAAGUGGUCUUGCCUUCCUGGCUGUCAUCAAGUCCAUUGAUAGCAGCCUUGUGGACAUGAGGAAGGCCCUGCUGAGGGGCGCCAGGGAGAACCUGGAGGAUGCCUUCAGAAUAGCCCACUUUAGCUUGGGUAUCGCACGCCUCCUGGAGCCUGAGGACGUGAUGAUCAAUACACCAGAUGAGCAAUCCAUCAUGACGUAUGUGGCACAGUUCCUGGAGCACUUCCCUGGAAUAGAGGAGCCGGAGAAGCCCUGCAAGCUGAUUGAACGAAGCGUUUCUAUGGGUGGUCUCAACUACCGUGACCCUGACUUCCACCACACGAGGAAUGGAGCCUGCCGAAGCCGAGUGAAAGAGAGGUCCAUCAUGUUCGAGAAGGACUCUUCCCAACCCCCGCCCAAAAUCUUAAUUUCCUCUGUGUCAGAGGACAGAGGGAUCUUGUCACCCCGCUUCAGACCGGCUGCAUCUCGCUCGUGGUCUACCGAAGAAUUCUUAAUGGAUUCCCCCCACAUGGCUGACAACUCCAGUAGUGUGGUAGAAGACCCCAAUGAACCUGACAGUGAGGUCUUACCCAACUCAAUCUCAAACUCCCCACAGCUGUCUUACACUCACUCACCCACUGGCUCUUCAGUACCAGAGUUAGUGAACACAGAGUCAGUAAUGGGUGACUCAGCUAUCAGCUCACCGGACUCCUGGGUGGACAGUGAGUUCGGAGUAAUGCCAGAGAAGUUAUGCGAGAGUCGAAGUGACAGUUCACUGUGUGACAGCGGAACAGCCUGGGAUGUGUACCGUGCCACCCCCGUGGAGGUCACCAAUCUUGAUGAAGGAUUUGUCCCUGCCAUAGGGGAUAGCGUCUCCGAUGACCAGUCGAUUACUGAGUCAUACAUCGAUGAAGGGAUUUACUCAUUGAGCUCAUUGGAGAGCACCCAGGAGAAGAACCAAGGACAUACUGAGAAAAAUCAGGAGGACAAUCAAGAAGUCAAAGAGACAAAGGAAAACCUUGAGAAUCAUGAGCAGGACUUGUCACUUGAACAGGUGCCUGGUCAGAAUGAAGCUGAGGUUACAAAAGAAGUAGACUCUAAGCAGAUGGUUGCAAUUCUGCCUCAAAAAGACGAAGUGCCCGCAGAGCAAGAACCUUCUUUUGGACUCUGUGAUGCAGAAGAACUGGCCAAUUCUACUGUUGGAGAUCUCAUUGAAACUGAUCAAACUAACCAAUCCCAGCCCAGCUCCAACACUGAACUACCACCUCCUGAAGCAAGUACCCACAAAGAACCUGAAGGUUUAAAGGAAGCUGUGGACAUGGAUGCACAGAACUGUGAAGGACUAUUUAAUGGUCAAACUGAGAGAAAUAAUCCUGAAGAGGUUGAAGUGGAAACUGAAUGUCAGAAAACAGAUUCUUCUUUAGAGGAUGAAAAAGAGAAGUCAAAAGAUGAGUCAGAGAUUGUAAAGGAAAAGCAUGAGGGGGUAAAAGAAAUACAAAGUGAAGCAAGUGAAGAAGUUCUAAGAGGCUACCCAGAUCCCCAAGAAAAGAUAAGCACAGAGACUUGUGACUCACAUUCAACCAAUCAAGGUGGAGGAUCAAUACCAAGUUCUGACCCAUGCAUGGGCAUAAAUAUUCCUCUCAUAUCCAUUUCCAGUGAGCCAGAAGAACAGGAUGAAGAGGAAAAAUCUGGCCCAGAAGGACAAGAUCAUGCUGGGGAUGAAGAUGUACCCCAAACAGAGGCACAUGGAAGUAAGGGAACUGGGACAGAUGUCAACAGUGCUGAAUAUCCUGAUGAACUGGCCUGUGAUUCCAAUGAAGAAGGUGCUAGCAACCUUGCUGAGAUUGCUUCCUCCCUGAUAUCAGAAAAAGCAACAACUUUGAAGCAAAUUACAGACAGGCAUUUGGAUGAUACAGAUGAACACGACAUCAGGAAUUCUUCAAACACACACAUAUCUGGGUCAGAGACAAUAGAUGACAUGGAAAUAAGUGAAGACAAACAGGAACCUCCUCACCGUAACUCUCAGACAGGUGAUACUGACAAGGACUUGAUUGGUCAGUCUUCUACAGAUGCUGAAACUAAUCUUGUGAAUACUGAGCAGGACAUAGAUUCAACUUAUCCACCUGAUGAUCACCAAGAUAAAAUGGAAGAAACCAUUCCAGCCACUACACAGCAGAACACAGAUCCAGAGAACAUACAGCCCAAUGGUAAGAUGGGGGCUUUGUGUUUUGAACAAAUUGGUUCGUCCAGAGACAUGGAUUUGUUUUAUACAGACUUUGACCGAAGUUCUCCCACAGAGGAUCUGGUCGGUGAUCUUAUGGAGCCCAUGGAUCUGUUCUACCCUGACAAAGAGGAGCCCAUGUUUACAGAGCCACCUGAUAAUGAGAUGCAGAGCUGGCCCUCUGUUUUGAGUGUAUCUGCUCUCCAGCCAGCACCAGCUUCAGAGACUCUGCCAGAAGACCAACCUCUUAACCUGCCGGAGGAGGACAUCAGGAAUGGAGGAGAUUUAUUACAAGAACAGGACGAGGUGAUCGCUAAACUCAGCCAGGAGACCGACGAAGCAUCUGAACUGCAGGAACAGUGUUUGUUGCCUGAGGAGAGGAGUGGAGGGCUGUGGGAUGGUGAUGUUCCUCUGGAUGGCAGUGAUCUCAGUGAGGCUGAGCUUCAGAGUUUAGACUCUGCCAGGGAAAACACAGAGCCUAUGAGGUGUGACAGUAGAAGCUCCAGCAGACAGGAGGAUAACCAGAUCCCUCCAGUUCUCCGUCACAGGAAGGGAGCUCGCUUCACAGAGGCCACGGACAAUCAGACAGCCGUCACUGCUCCCACCAGAAAAGAUGACAAUGCUGAAUCUGAUUCUUGGUGGAGUGACAGCUGCGAGCCAUAUCUCCUGCUGCUGCUGUGGCUGCUGCUCUAUUGUUUCUGGUUACUACCACAGAUGGAUCUGAAGUCACUGCCCAGCCUGCUGCUUAACCUCAACCACUGAACACACACUCCCACACACACACACACACACACACACUGAUACACAGA